AUGAAGAACCUAUUACUGGCUCUUGCAAUUUUUUUGCUCCUGGCUCAGUUGGUCUCAGGUAGUUGGUUUGUGAAAAAGUGUGCAAAAAAUACUGGAAAUUGCAGGAGCCAGUGCAGAAAUGGAGAGUUUCAAAUAAAACCUCAAACUGGGAUGUGCAGAAAGGAAAAAAUGUGCUGUGUUCUGAAUGGCAAACAGCUUAAUCCUCUUCUGUGUGAUGGUGAAUUAAAGAGUACAACUGCAACUCCAACCACACCAACCACACCUAUGUGGGGGAACAUGACAUCACCACAACCUGGGACAAAGAGAACCCCAGAAGGAACUACUGCUUCACCUUGA